AGAGCUUUACGGAGCACAGCAAACUAAAUUUUCAAGCAGCGGAGCAGAGUACAAAACUCCAAAAACCAGUCAAGCUCAGAGUGUUUUUCUAAUAGUCUUCUAGAGUUGAACGUUUCCGCGAGAGAGACCUUUAUUUCUUUCUUGUUUCCUGACUGAAGUGGUGUAACCAUGGCUUCUCAGGGCCUCCAGAUCAUGGGUGUGUUGCUGGCUUUCAUUGGCUGGCUGGGCACCAUCAUCACCUGCGCUAUCCCCAUGUGGAGAGUCACGGCGUUCGUCGGGGCAAACAUUGUCACCGCCCAGGUGAUCUGGGAAGGCUUGUGGAUGAACUGCGUGGUCCAGAGCACCGGACAGAUGCAGUGCAAGGUCUACGACUCCAUGCUGGCUCUACCUCAGGACCUGCAGGCCGCCAGGGCCAUGGUGAUCAUCUCUGUGAUCGUCGGGGUGUUCGGCAUUCUCAUGUCUGUGGUCGGAGGAAAGUGCACCAACUGCAUGGAGGACGAAGCGGCCAAGGCCAAAGCGUGCAUCGUGGCCGGAGUGGUCUUCAUAAUAGCUGCCCUGCUGAUCUUGAUUCCAGUGUCGUGGUCGGCGCAUGCAGUCAUCAGAGAUUUUUAUAACCCCCUGGUGAUUGCGGCCCAAAGGAGGGAGCUCGGAAACAUGGCAUCUACCGGUCUCCAGAUAUUGGGCAUCUUUUUGGCAACCAUCGGCUUUUUGGGAGACAUCCUCAUCUGUGCCCUGCCGAUGUGGAAGGUCUCCGCUUUCAUUGGGAACAACAUCGUUACGGCGCAGAUCUUCUGGGAGGGCCUGUGGAUGAAUUGCGUGAAGCAGAGCACCGGACAGAUGCAGUGCAAGGUCUACGACUCCAUGCUGGCUCUGCCCCGAGACCUGCAGGCAGCCCGGGCCCUGGUCGUCAUCUCCAUCUUGAUUGUCUUCAUGGGAGUCCUACUCGCAGUUGCAGGUGGAAAGUGCACCAACUGCAUCGACGACGAGCUGGCCAAGAGCAGGGUAGCGAUUGCUGCGGGGGUGUUCUUCAUCGUUGGCGGUAUCCUGUGCCUCAUCCCCGUGUCCUGGUCUGCCAACACGGUCAUCAGGAACUUCUACAACCCCAUCAUGAACGACGCGCAGAGGAGGGAGCUGGGCGCGUCGCUGUUCAUCGGCUGGGGAUCGGCGGGACUCCUGUUGAUUGGCGGUGCACUUCUCUGCUGUCAGUGUCCUCAGCGUAAGGACAGCAGAUACUCGGUGAAAUAUUCUGCCCCACGAUCUGCAGCGAGCGGAGGCGCUUACGUUUGAAACUUGCAAGUAGCUGGAAAAAUGGACUGAACUCAACUUUUUAUUCUGUCAACUUUAUAUAAAGUCUCUUACUGAUUAUUUUAAUAAAACUUUUUAACACUA